UUAAAGUUUAAAGCGACUUUAACAAAUCCAGCUGCGUCUAUCUUCAAUCUGUCACUUCAGAGCUGCUGCCCAAACCAGAACGUUCUGAAACCUGAACCACGGAUUGAAACCAGCCAGGAUGGUGCAGAAGUCGGUGGUGGUGGCGCUGCUGGUGCUGUUAUUGGCCGCAGUGGGAACGUUUGUGGGAGUUUUCUUUGGGGUUCCGAGACCCACCACCCCUCCACCCGGCACGUACUCACUGGCAGCAGUGGCAGCAGACGCCGGAACAUGCUCUGAGAUUGGCAGGGAUGUUCUGCAGAAAGGUGGAUCUGCUGUGGAUGCAGCAAUAGCAGGGCUGCUGUGUGCUGGGCUGAUGAAUGCCCACAGUGCGGGCAUCGGAGGCGGGCUCUUCCUCACCAUCUAUAACGCCAAAACAGGUCGAGUUGAGACCAUUGACGCUCGUGAGACCGCCCCUGCCAACGCCUCUAAAGACAUGUUUGGAAACAAUACAGAUCUUUCACUUACAGGUGGUCUGGCCAUCGCGGUUCCUGGGGAAAUACGAGGUUAUGAACUGGCUCAUAAGCGCCACGGGAAGCUGCCCUGGAGAGAGCUGUUCCUGCCCAGUAUAAAACUGGCACGCGACGGCUUUCCAUUGGGCAAAGCACUGGCAGGGGCUAUCUACAGCAACCGCAACAUCAUCCGCAAUGACAAGACACUGUGUUCAGUGUUCUGUGAUGAAAGCGGAGCUAUCCUAAAGGAGAAUAACACCAUCAGGUUCACCAAACUGGCCGACACUUUCCAGGAGAUUGCAGAUAAAGGUCCCAGCGCGUUCUAUGAGGGAACCAUCGCAGAGAAUCUGAUCAAAGACAUCAGGAACGCAAGUGGGAUAAUAACUCUGGAGGAUCUUCAGAGCUACACUCCUGUACUAAAUGAAAGUCCUCUGCAGGCUUAUGUGGGCGAUUUCACCAUGUACGCGCCCAACGCCCCAUCCAGCGGCCCCAUCCUCACCUUCAUUCUCAACAUCCUCAGCGGUUUCGGGUUCUCCUCAGACAGCGUCUCCAGCACUGAGAAGAAGAUCCUCUCCACUCACCGCAUUGUUGAGGCCUUCAAAUUUGCAUAUGCAAAAAGAAGUGUGCUGGGAGAUCCCAGCUUCCUCAACAUCACUGAGUUUAUCCACAACAUCACCUCAAAGAGCUUCGCCGAAGGCAUCCGACACAAAAUCACAGACGACUCCACGCAGCAGGAGAGUUACUACGAACCCGAGUUCUUCGUCCCUGAUGAUCACGGAACUUCACACAUCUCCGUGCUGGCAGAGGAUGGCAGCGCCGUGGCUGCAACCAGCACCAUCAAUCGUUAUUUCGGCUCUAAGGUCAUGUCCGCCUCUACGGGCAUCAUCCUCAACAACGAGAUGGACGACUUCAGCUCUCCACUCAUCACCAAUAGCUUUGGUGUUCCUCCCUCACCCAACAACUUCAUCAAACCCCAUAAAAGGCCCAUGUCGUCUAUGUGUCCUGCUAUCCUCUUUGAUAAGAACCAUAAGGUGAAGAUGGUGGUCGGCGGCUCCGGCGGAACGAAGAUUACCACAUCAGUUGCUCAGGUGAUCCUGAACUCUCUGUCCUUCAACUACGACCUGAAAAGAUCAGUGGUGGAACCCAGAGUUCACAACCAGCUCAGCCCAAACAUCACUCUGGUGGAGGCCGGCUUCGAUCAGGCUGUGGCAGACGGUUUGGCCCAGAAGAACCACGUCAUAGAGGUUCUGACGUCCACUGGCGCCGUGGUGCAGGCCAUAGAGAGGCGGGGUAUGUGGAUCGAGGCAGUGUCUGACCCCCGAAAGGGAGGAUACGCUGCAGGGUACUGAUGAAUCAGCAUCUACCAGCAACACCACCCUUUUCUACACUUCCCCAACCGUGCCAGACCGGGCUGGACUGGACGUCCAACCAACCUAGACUGACUGAGGGACAGAACAGAACAAAGUCCUGACCUCUCUGACUCCUCCCCUUCCUCUCUCCACUGACUCAACCUCACCGCCCCUCUAAAGAGGAGCCAGCCAAUCACGAGAGACAUCUACAUGUGUUUUUGUAUGUUUUUUUGUGUGCUAUAUUUAUAAUUCUAAAUAAUAAACAGACCAAUAAUCAA